AUGGCUUCUUUUGUGCGUCCUGCUCUGCUUAGGCAGACCGCCAUGGCGGCCCGUAUGGCUAAGACCGGCGCAUCCCGCUCUGCCUUCCUCAAGCCGACUGUCCAGAAGGAAUUCGUCAACAACUCGAUAAGAGUCGCCGCCUUCCACAACACUGCCAAGAGGGAUCUGCUUCCCGUUGGUCCCCAGGUUGUUCAGGGUGGAGUUAACGACCCUGCCCCCGUCCCUCCCCCGAGCCCUGCUCACGGCUCCUACCACUGGAGCUUCGACCGUAUCCUCGCUGCCGGUCUUGUUCCGAUCACUAUCACCCCCUUCGCCGCCGGCUCCUUGAACCCCACGACCGACGCCAUCCUCUGCGCCCUGAUCCUGAUUCACUCCCACACCGGUUUCCAGAACAUCAUCAUCGACUACGUUCCCACUCCCACGUACCCCAAGCUCCGCAAGGGUACCAUGUGGGCUCUGAACAUUGCCACUGCCCUCGUCGGUCUGGGUCUGUACGAGUUCGAGACCAGCGAUGUCGGCGUCACCGAGGCCGUUUCUCGCAUGUGGAAGGCUUAA